AUGACCUCACCAACAUAUUUAUCUACUACAAAACCAAAUGCAUCGUCACCACCCAAUUCAUCAGGAAUCGAUUCUCAAAAGUGUACUGUACACUCGCAAGAGUCGUUGAAAUGGUUCUGCACUCAAUGCAACGUGUUUGUGUGCGGUGACUGUAUCGUAGAGACACACAAUGGACACAAGAUACAGAGACUUAAAGAUUUAGAGAUUGGUUGGAAGAAGUACGAUCUCUCGGGCACCUCACCCUCUCCAUCACUACCACCACCAUCACCACCGAUUGUUAACAAAUCUGAAAGCCUUCAGGUACCGAUUGUUAACAAACCUGAAAGCCUUCAGAUAGUACCAGUAUCGAUCACGCCCAAAACCAUUGUCCGUCCAGACACUUACUACAAGUAUUUUGCAAGUCAAACACCAACAUUUGAUACAGUGUCAAAGAUCUAUGCCUCUGAAAAGCACGGUGCUGCCCCUAUGCCUGCCAACUCUAGUUUCUCGACACAGUACAUAUCAGGUGCUCAAUUUCAUACAAUCAACCCCCACGUGAUUAAAAUGACCACCGAGGAUUUCAUCGAUGAAGUAAAUAGAGAAUCAUCAAUCAACAAAUUCAUUUCAAACAAUCUUAAUAAUGAUAUUGCAUACUCCUCAUUUGAAUACACUCAUCUUGGUCAUCUGAUGGAUCAGUGGAAUCAAUUAAAUGUUCAAAAUGAUAUAUUUUUGGUCUCAAAACAAAAUGAUCAUUUAAUUUCACAAUCUCCUACUCCUCCUCUCUCAACCAUCAAUAAUAAUAAUAAUACAGAAAGUGUAAUAGUUACAACAACAACAACAACACCAGCACCACCACCAAAACCAACCAAAUAUGAAUUUAUGGUAAAUGAUACAGUUGUUAGUAAAUCAAUGAAUUAUCUUAGACAGGCAUGUGAGCUCGUUGUAAAUGAUUUGUCGGUAGGUAAUGAAAGUACAGAGAAAUAUAUCAAAGAGAAUACAAUUAGAUAUAUUUACUGUUUGUGUGGAAUGGAGAAUACACAACAUUUAUCAUUGGUAGAGGUAUAUGAUAUUCAACAAAACAGAUGGGGGCUUGCAGAAGGUUCAAGAAUGAAACGUGCAUGCUCAUCAUCAUCUGUUGUAUCAAUCCUAGAUUAUGUAUACAUUUUUGGUGGUAAUGACUCCUUGUCAACCUAUGAAAGAAUGGAUCUUUAUUCUGGUAAAUGGGAUUGCUUGGAUAAUAUUCAAACCACUGGUGGUUCAUCAAUGGCAGCCGUUUGGGAUGAAGGUCGUUAUAUAUACCUAGUUGGUGGUAUCCAAAAUAAUAAUACAUUGGGUCGUGUCGAUAGAUUUGAUAUUAUGACUGGUAGAUGUUCAAAUCUCGGUCAACUCAAACGUCCUCGUUAUUAUUGUUUUGCUUGUUAUCUAGAUGGUAUCAUUUAUGUGAUUGGAGGUACCCAUAAAGAACCAGAAAAAGCAUAUACAAUGGUGAAUGACAUUGAAGCAUUUAGUAUUUCAGACGGGUCAUCAAAACAAAUCUAUCAAUUUAACAAUAGUUCUUCACGUGUUGAAGGGUUUUGUUUUGAUAAAAGAGAAUACAUUUACUUUCUUACAAGUACAGAGUUUUGUAGAUUCUCUGUAUUUACAAGAAAAGCAGAAUCACUUGCAGAGGUACCAGUCCGUGAUGGUAAAUUUGGUCUGUCCCUUGUAUUUGGAUUUGUCAAUAACUUUCCCAAAAUCUAUCUCAUUGGUGGCAAACAUCCAACCAAUUUUAUAUAUGACAUUAAUAGUAACUCUUGGGACGCGACAUUUCCAUCGAAAUCAAAGUACACUUAUUUUCAUGGGGCCGUUGGUGUUGGAGAAAUUAUCCCAAAAGCAUCAGAUACCUACCAAAUGCAAUUACAACAGCAAAAAGCUCAACAAAAUAUUCAACCAGCCCCUGUUUUACAGAAAAGAGGUGCUGUUACACCUACUCCAAAAAAAUAA